GGAGAGACGGCGCUGAUUGGCUGCAGUAGCAUUCCCGCUGAGGUUGCGUAGACUGAAACAGGAACUGGAUGUAGAAAAGAUUUCUCUUAUAUCUGGGACACAAAAUGGCAAAGAAGGAUGCAAACACUGCAAAGUUACCAGUCGAUCAGUACCGCAAACAGAUCGGAAAGCAGGACUAUAAGAAAACCAAGCCGGCACUGCGAGCCACACGACUGAAGGCCGAGGCAAAGAGGAGCGCUCCAGGAAUCAGGGACACCAUCUUGGUGAUCAUGGCCGUGCUGGUCUUCCUGCUGGGGGUUUACGCCUUCUUCUACCUCAACCUAAGCACCGAACUGAACCUGGACACGGACAUGGACUAAAGAACUCGACAAAUCACUAAGGACUCUGUGAGCUCAGCUCAGGAUAUUACAGACAUAAAGCCGACUAAGUGUGUAUGAAGAAUACCGAGUGUGUGCGGAGUCAUUGCCCGUCUUAUUGGACCUUUAAAUAAUCAGUGUCUGUAAAUCACUAGCAAUAAAAGACAUAAUUAUGUCAUGAAGAUCUUCCUGCUUAUAGUAUUCUGUAAGCCUCCUAUAACUUGUAUGCAUGUGGGAAAUAUAAAGCUUGACAUUCGAGAUGAAUUUGGAUUUUUUUUAAAUAUUGGAGCCCAUGUAAACAUUCGGAAAGGACUCGUUUCUUGUCAGUCCGCAUUAUUACGGUGUUAUUACCUGUGGGAAACUUCUUUUGCUCAGGAUUAAGUGCCCAGCACAUUUUGCUAGGAAGGAUUGCUGUUUUCAUCAGUGGAUGUUCAAAGAAAUCUUUUUUUGUACUCCAUUUGUUUCGAAGGAUAAUUAUGGACCAAAAUAAAACAUGAAUUGUUUACA